GAGGAGUUGCAAUGCAACACCAGGAUACACGAGGGAAAGGGAGAGGGAAAGGGAGAGGGAAGGGAGAGGGAAAGGGAGAGGGAAAGGGAGAGGGAAAGGGAGAGGGAAAGGGAGAGGGAAGGGAGAGGCAAGGGAGAGGGAAAGGGAGAGGGAAAGGGAGAGGGAAAGGGAGAGGGAAAGGGAGAGGGAAGGGAGAGGCAAAGGGAGAGGGAAGGGAGAGGGAAAGGGAGAGGGAGAGGAGAGGGAAAGGGAGAGGGAGGGAGAGGGAAAGGGAGAGGGAAAGGGAGAGGGAAAGGGAGAGGGAAAGGGAGAGGGAAAGGGAGAGGAAAGGGGGGGAAAGGGAGAGGAAAGGGAGAGGGAAGGGAGAGGCAAGGGAGAGGGAAAGGGAGAGGGAAAGGGAGAGGGAAAGGGAGAGGGAAGGGAGAGGGAAGGGAGAGGGAAAGGGAGAGGGAAAGGGAGAGGGAAAGGGAGAGGGAAAGGGAGAGGGAAGGGAGAGGGAGAGGGAAAGGGAGAGGGAAAGGGAGAGGGAAAGGGAGAGGGAAGGGAGAGGCAAAGGGAGAGGGAAAGGGAGAGGGAAAGGGAGAGGGAGAGGGAGAGGGAAAGGGAGAGGGAAGGGAGAGGGAAAGGGAGAGGGAAAGGGAGAGGGGAAAGGGAGAGGGAAAGGGAGAGGGAAAGGGAGAGGGAAGGGGAGGCAAAGGGAGAGGGAAAGGGAGAGGGAAAGGGAGAGGGAAAGGGAGAGGCAAAGGGAGAGGGAAGGGAGAGGGAAAGGGAGAGGGAAAGGGAGAGGGAAGGGAGAGGGAAAGGGAGAGGGAAAGGGAGAGGGAAAGGGAGAGGGAAAGGAGAGGGAAGGGAGAGGCAAAGGGAGAGGGAAAGGGAGAGGGAAAGGAGAGGGAAAGGGAGAGGGAAAGGGAGAGGGAAGGGAGAGGCAAAGGGAGAGGGAAAGGGAGAGGGAAAGGGAGAGGGAGAGGGAGGAGGGAAAGGGAGAGGGAAAGGGAGAGGGAAAGGGAGAGGGAAAGGGAGAGGGAAAGGGAGAGCGAAAGGGAGAGGGAAGGGAGAGGGAAAGGGAGAGGGAAAGGGAAAGGGAAGGGAGAGGGAAAGGGAGAGGGAAAGGGAGAGGGGGAAAGGGAGGAGAGGGAGAAAGGGAGAGGGAAGGGAGAGGGCAAAGGGAGAGGGAAAGGGAGAGGGAAAAGGGAGGAGGGAAGGGAGAGGAAAGGGAGAGGGAAAGGGAGAGGAAAGGGAGAGGGAAAGGGAGAGGGAAAGGGAGAGGGAAAGGGAGAGGAAAGGGAGAGGGAAAGGAGAGGGAAAGGGAGAGGGAAAGGGAGAGGGAAAGGGAGAGGGAAAGGAGAGGGAAAGGGAGAGGGAAAGGGAGAGGGAAAGGGAGAGGAAAGGGAGAGGGAAAGGGAGAGGGGGGAGAGGGAAAGGGAGGGAAGGGAGAGGGAAGGAGGGGAAAGGGAGAGGGAAGGGAGAGGGAAAGGGAGAGGAAAGGGAGAGGGAAGGGAGAGGGAAAAGGGAGAGGGAAAGGGAGAGGGAAAGGGAGAGGGAGAGGGAGAGGGAAAGGGAGAGGGAAGGGAGAGGGCAAAGGGAGAGGGAAAGGGAGAGGGAAAGGGAGAGGGAAAGGGAGAGGGAAAGGGAGAGGGAAAGGGAGAGGGAAAGGGAGAGGGAAAGGGAGAGGGAAAGGGAGAGGGAAAGGGAGAGGGAAAGGAGAGGAAAGGGAGAGGAAGGGAGAGGGAAAGGGAGAGGGAAAGGGAGAGGGAAAGGGAGAGGGAAGGGAGAGGGAAAGGGAGAGGGAAGGGGAGGGAAAGGGAGAGGGAAAGGGAGAGGGAAAGGGAGAGGGAAAGGGAGAGGGAAAGGGAGAGGGAAAGGGAGAGGGAAAGGGAGAGGGGAAAGGGAGAGGGAAAGGGAGAGGAAGGGAGAGGGAAAGGAGAGGGAAAGGGAGAGGAAGGGAGAGGGAAGGGAGAGAGGGAAAGGGAGAGGGAAAGGGAUAGGGAAGGGAGAGGGAAAGGGAGAGGGAAAGGGAGAGGGAAAGGGAGAGGGAAAGGGAGAGGGAAAGGGAGAGGGAAAGGGAGAGGGAAAGGGAGAGGGAAAGGGAGAGCGAAAGGGAGAGGGAAGGGAGAGGGAAAGGGAGAGGGAAAGGGAAAGGGAAGGGAGAGGGAAAGGGAGAGGGAAAGGGAGAGGGAAGGGAGAGGCAAAGGGAGAGGGAAAGGGAGAGGGAAAGGGAGAGGGAAAGGGAGAGGGAAAGGAGAGGGAAGGGAGAGGGAAAGGGAGAGGGAAAGGGAGAGGGAAGGGAGAGGGAAAGGGAGAGGGAAAGGGAGAGGGAAAGGGAGAGGGAAAGGGAGAGGGAAAGGGAGAGGGAAGGGAGAGGGAAAGGGAGAGGGGAAGGGAGAGGGAAAGGGAAAGGAAGGGAGAGGGAAGGGAGAGGGAAGGGAGAGGAAGGGAGAGGGAAGGGAGAGGGAAGGGAGAGGGAAGGGAGAGGGAAGGGAGAGGGAAGGGAGAGGGAAAGGGAGAGGGAAGGGAGAGGGAAAGGGAGAGGGAAGGGAGAGGGAAGGGAGAGGAGGGGCAACACGCUUCUCUAGCAUGCAUCCCUAUCUAACUGUCAGUUUUUUGCUAACGCGACCUUCCUACGCUGCUGCUACUCUUCCAUGACAACUAAUCCCUGGCACAUAUC